ACCCCGGAGCUUCUCCAUUCUGUCAGCUCUCCGGGAAUCACAGGCCAACUCCGGCCCCGUCGUGGCAGCGACUGACCACAUCCCCGCCCCCGGGCACGGGCACCAUGGAGUCCUUCAGCUCGAAGAGCCUGGCACUGCAGGCGGAGAAGAAGCUGCUGAGCAAGAUGGCGGGCCGGUCUGUGGCUCACCUCUUCGUCGAUGAGACGAGCAGCGAGGUGCUGGACGAGCUCUACCGCGUGUCCAAGGACUACACGCACAGCCGGCCCCAGGCCCAGCGGGUCAUCAAGGACCUGGUCAAGGUGGCGGUCAAGGUGGCCGUGCUGCAUCGCAAUGGCUGCUUCGGCCCCGGGGAGCUGGCCCUGGCCUCCCGAUUCCGCCAGAAGCUGCGGCAGGGCGCCAUGACUGCGCUGAGCUUUGGGGAGGUGGCCUUCACCUUCGAGGCCGCCGUGCUGGGACUCCUGAAACUGGGAAGCCCCCUCACCUACAAACCAAAAGGGACAGAACGCACAUGA